CUGGAGAUCCGAAACAAGUUCCUACCAGAAAUGGCCGGCGGAGGAAGCAAGGAAGUGAAGCUGCUGGGCAUGUGGGCGAGCCCUUUCGUCCUGCGAGCGCAGCUCGCGCUCAGCCUCAAGGGCAUCAGCUACGAGUACGUGGAGGAGGACCUCAAGAGCAAGAGCGAGCAGCUCCUCACAUCCAACCCCGUGCACAAGGCGGUGCCGGUGCUGAUCCACGGCGGCAAGCCCGUCUGCGAGUCGUUGGUCAUCCUGCAAUACAUAGACGAGGCCUUCGCCGGCAUCGGCCCCUCUCUCCUCCCGGAGGAUCCCCAUGACCGCGCCGUUGCUCGCUUCUGGGCAUCUUACAUCGACGACAAGCUGGUGAAAGCGUCGACCCAGGCGUCGAGGGGCAAGACGGAGGAGGAGAAGGAGGAGGGGAAGAAGCAGGCGGCGGCCGCGGUGGAGACCCUGGAGGAAGCCCUGAAGGAGUGCUCCAAGGGGAAACCAUUCUUCGGUGGCGACAACGCUGGGUAUGUGGAUGUCGUGCUCGGUGGCCUCCUCGCAUGGGCUCGCGCGGGCGAUUUGAUGAAGGGCGUCAAGACCUUCGACCCCGCCACGACUCCGCUCCUGGCCGCGUGGGCGGACAGCUUCGGCGCGUUGGACGCGGUCGAGGCAGUCAUGCCGGAGGUCGGCAAGCUAGUUGAGUUUGCCAUGGUGAUGCAUGCUCACGCCGCGGCCGCGGCAGCCGCCGCCGCAACUAACUAAAGAGGUGUUGCUCUGGUUUGUAUGCAGCUCUGCUUGAUAGUGUGCCGAACAAU